AUGGCACCUUCUACUCUUAAAGUGGACCGCCACACAAAGCGGAAACUCAACAACGGCCAGGAAAUCCCCAUUGCUGGGUAUGGCGUCUACACACUUACCCCAAAGGAAACAGUGGACUUGGUCUACGAGGCAUUGAAGCAGGGCUACCGCCACAUUGACACUGCUGUGUUGUAUGGAAACGAAAGGGAGUCAGCACAGGGGGUGGCGAAAUUCCUCAAGGACAAUCAAGGCAAGGUGAAAAGAGAGGAUAUCUGGUUCACCACGAAGAUCUGGAACAGUGACCACGGCUACAACGAGACGAAAACCGCCGUGGACAAGAUCGCCUCCAAGGUCAAGGAGCACAUUGGCUAUGUGGAUUUGAUUUUGGUGCACUCGCCAAAGUCCAACAAGGAGAAGCGUUUGGGCACAUGGAAGGCACUUCAGGAACUCCAACAGGAUCCCAAGAACGGAUCGCUUGAAAUCAGGUCAAUUGGUGUUUCCAACUUUGGCGUCAAGCACCUCGAGGAGCUUUUCGCCUGGGACGGCUUCAAGGUCAAGCCUGUGGUGAACCAAUUGGAGUUGCACCCAUGGUUGCCUCACCACAAGAUUAGAGACUUUUUGGUGAAGCACGAUAUUGCCGCUGAGGCGUACUCUCCACUCACUCAGGGUGAGAACUUGGACGAUCCCGAGCUUCUUCAAUUGGCAGAGAAGCACAAGAUCAACAAGGUGGAGAUCUUGUUGAAAUGGUCUUUCCUCCAGGGUUUCAUUGUGUUGGCGAAAACGGCCAAGGUGGAGCGGAUCAAGCAGAAUUUGGAGGUUUUGCCCGAGAGCGGAAGUGUCCUGUUGGACGAGGAUAUUGUCAAGGCUUUGGACAAGCCUGAUUCUCACCAGGUGUUCACCUGGUUUGGUCUGGAUCCUACUGUGUAUGUGAACUAG